AUUCACGAGGCUAUAUUUAUGUUACAAGCCUGGCUUAUGCAAUGACCCAGCUGUUGAAUAACACAAGUGGGUACAAAGGUCAACCCUGCAUGCACAGAGAAGGCACAGUGCAGACAGUUGGGCCGCUAACUGGGCUGCCUGCAGUGACUUUGCAGAACUGGCCUGUGGUGGUGGGGUGGUACAGGAGAAGUUAGCUGGUCCUGUAGACAUGUUGGUUGUGGAGUGGGAAGGGAUGUUUUUGUGACCCAGAGGGACGUGCCAUGCAGGUUUGGGGGGUGAGUUUUCUGUGAGAGGAGUUUUACCGGCUGGCUGUACAGCAGGCUUCCUGUGAGUUAUGUUAGAACUAAUAGAAGUACAGGGGCAGGACCUAUCCUCGGUGUGCUGCUGGGUUCUGUACAGACUGUAGCCAUGGUGAAACCACUUGUGUUUCAUCUCUUUGCUUGUGGCUUGUUCGAGGAGAUUAUCGGUACUAGAUCAGGUUCCUUGCUGUAGUUAAACUUAAGGAAGCCUGUGCACAAAGAAGGACUAAGACAAGAUGAUGUUCGAAGACGACGUGUCGGAUGAACACCGCGUGGACUUGGCGUACUCUGACCUGGACCUUUUUCCGGAGCACCUUUCUGAGAAAGCGGACAGAAUCCGGAGCCUACACCUGAACAACAACCGGAUACUUGUCCUGCCCCGCGCCGUGUCGCUGUUCCGCGAGCUCCGACACUUAGACAUCAGUGCCAACGGGCUCACCCACGUCUCGGGCGAGCUCACGCGCCUGCCCAAUCUUAAGACGUUCAUCGCCAAGAACAACCUCCUGGAAGACGGAGCUCUGCCCAAGGAGCUGGACCGGUGUCUCAGCCUGGAGGUUUUGAACCUGAGCGGGAACCGUUUUACGGAGUUCCCGGGACAGAUCGCGGGAAUGGCGGGACUACGGGUUCUGUAUCUCGGUGCCAACAGACUGCAGACGGUUCCCAGCGAGAUCAAACACAUGAGCAGACUGGAGGUGCUGUACCUGGGAGGUAACCAGAUCUCGAGCCUCCCCGUAGAGGUGGGUUGUCUGUCCUCGCUACAGUCCCUGGUCCUGUGUGACAACCGUCUGGAGUCCAUCCCUCCCCAGCUCACCUUUUGA